CCCACACACCGAGAAAGGCUGGAGAAAAGGUCCGAGAAACCCAUUCCACACCACACUACCAAAACCAAGGAGAAGUCACCCACUCCCUCCCCCCUCCCUCCCUCAUUCAGGCGUAUUUGACUUUGUCUAGAACACUUUUGAGCAUAUCGACCUCCACCGACACGUCGAGUGGCAGCUCGUGCGGGUCGACCUCGGCCCCCGUGGGCUUGUUGCGCUCGGCCUCCCGCCGGCUGGCCAGGUGGUGCCGCUGACACUGACCCAGGUACUGCAGCCGGCCCUCCACUGCCUGGAUGCCAAGAGACGGAUCACGGUUUGCACACAUGAAUGGGAUGCGGUGGCUGUGGUUGCUCACCCACCUCACCUGUUUGAUGAUGGGCAGCUGCUUGGUCUGCUGCAGGACAUCUCUGCACACGGACACACACAAAUGGAUGGAAGCGCUCCCCGCGACGAGUGGGUGGCUGACCUGUGCGUCGCCACCAGCGCUUCCAGGAAGCCAGCGAUGACCUCACCGUACUCCAAUCCUGAUUGGUCGACGUUACGGUCGCCAAGGCACGACUGCACGGCCAGCGACACAUCGCUACUCCCUACCUGAAGCAACCCAGCCAACCAUACGCACAUCAAUCACAGACCCGCACUUGUCGACUCUGUCUGUCUGUCGGUACGUCCGCAUCGCCGUAUUCACGUACGUACUUGUUGCGGCGGCACUCUCUGCUCGUGCACCAGAUGCCUCGCGAGGGAGGCGGCCUUCUGGCUGUCCUGCAGCCAGCCAGCCGGGACACACACACACACCAAGGUCACUCACGUCCAUAUCUCUGUCUGUGUGACAUGACAUGUGUGUGGGAUCUCUCACCCUGGGGUUGCCACUCGCGACUGCAUGCAUGAGGGUGGCGAAACCGUUGCGGUCGACCAGCAUCUGAAGGUGCCAGGCAGACAAAACCAGCCAGCAUGUACACACAUGGCAUUGCAUGGCUGGCCUGGGUUGUUGUGCCGUUGGCUCCACCCACGCACCUUCUCUGCCCUUGGGAAGUGUCUGGUGAGUGCGGCCAGGGCGCUGAGGGCUCUGAAGCGCACCAUGUCCUGGGAGUUGCUGUCGACGAGGGCGAGGAACUUAUCCAGCCCGUUGCGGUUGCAUGUGGCCUCCUGAAUCUCAGGAUUGUGCGCCAACAAAAGAGAAAAUAUCUGACGUACAUUCACAGGCACAACACGUAACAAAGCGGCCAUGCGCAGCCGCUCGUUCCCGUCCCCUCACUUCGCAACUUUUCUCCUGGACGUCAUGGUUUUGGUGUGAGAGGCACCCGAGCAGCGGCUGCACACCGUCCAACCUGAACCAACCAAGGCAUGCCCACAUUCCCAUCCUCUUGUCGCUCAGAUGGCGAACGGACAUGCAUCAGCUUCUCCGUACUUUUCUAUAUUCCUGGCGGUCUCUGGGAAGUCGAGGCACCGCUCGAGGACGGCCAGUGCCGUCAGCACCUCCUCAUCUGACAGACACACACGGGCACACACACGAUCUGACCUGUCCCUGUCAUUUAUAUGACCUGUCGGCCUGUCUGUGUGUCUGUCUGUCUGUCUGUCUGUCUGUCUGUGUGUCUGUCUGUGUGUCUGUGUACCUGAUUGUGAUUUGAGUUUGGGCAGUGUUUCUUGGAUGGCCUGGAAAGGGUCCUCGAUGUUCUUGAGAGCUUCUUGGAUGGCACUCGAGAGGAAGUCCAUGUCCUCCUGCAUCACACAAUCACACAACACAUCAAAGCAUCUUGCAUCUUGCGUGUGUGUGUGUGUGGUGUGAGUGCAGCACCUGCGACAUUCGCCGGACGUCUGUCGUGCCAUCUGUACACCACCACCGCACCAUGAUGACAGACAGAUUCACACGCUUGCGUGCAUGUGCAUCUAAGUGUUUGUGGGUGCAGCCUUACCUGUGUGUCGGAGGGACCACUUGAGCAGCCCGGGCCAAUUGAUGUUCGACAUCCUCGCGCAAGGAGCCGGGAUGGACACACUGCAGACUGGAUCUGAUACCUCCCUUUGGCUGCUGACAGAACUGCCAGAUUGAGCAGAUCUCCU